AUGUUUAAUUUUUUAUUAAUUUUUAUUUUAAUAUAUUUUAGCCUAAUUAAUAAUGUAUUAUCUUUUCAGAUUUCCCCAAAAAUAAAAACAUACAGUUUGAAGAAAAUAAAUUUUCAAAAUUUUACUAAUUAUAAAUAUGCAGAUAAUAAAAGGAAAGUAAACGUUUCUUAUUAUUUAAAGAAAAAUAGAAGUACAUAUAAAUGUAUCAGAAAAAAGAAAAUUUUUAUGUCUUUAAAGAAUAAAAUUAGUUUAAUAUUUCAUGGAGAAAGUGAUAUAACGAUUUUAGACAAAUGUAUAGCUUCAAUCAGUUACAUUCUUCCUUUUAUGGAUGCUGUUCAAGCUUUUGUAAUGCCGCUUGUAAAUAUACUUCCAACUUCAUUACACAAGUAUUUGUUUCAAAUUGAAAAAAUAAAUCAGAUUUAUUCGUCUAUCCCAUUCUUAUCUUUUGUUACAUUUAUGGGAUUAUAUUUCUUAUUUGUAAAAGAUAAUAAAUUCAAAUUUCACUAUUUCAUUAAAUAUCAUCAUAUGGAAAGUUUGAUACUAUCUAUGUUUGGUUAUGCUUUAGCUUUAUUUUAUUUUAGAGUUUUUCCUUAUUCCUAUAAUGAUACUGAUAUUUUCAAUUUAACAAUUUUAUACUCAACUAUGGCAAUAUAUUUUGGCUCAUUAAUUAUUCCUUUUUUUGCAUCAUUACUUGGAUACUACAUAGAAAUACCUGUAUUAUCGGAAGCAAUUAAAUUACACAUUGGAGAAAAAAAAAUUCAGGGAGAAGAUAUAUAA